CAACAGAGCAGUAGUUUCCAAGCAAACAAACUAUCAGUAUCAGCAUCAAGUGCAUUGAGAAUUGUGUGAAAACCGCAAAGGUCGAGUCGCAAAGUUGCCACGUUGUGCUUCAAUUGUUAUACCAUGAGUUAUUUCCUUGGAUUUUUCAUCUGAUUCACGGUUUUCCGGACGAUGGUGAAGAUGGGUCUGACUACCUACCCGCCCUCUCCCUCCUGACACCAGAUAAGAUAAAAGGACCGAAAAAAAUGCAACCUCUUAUAAGGAGUUGAUCUGUGGAUAGAUCAAAGAAUAAGAGUUUGUUACGAACUCGGACAAACGCCUCAAGAACACGACCAAAAAUGGUGGACAGCUCCGAGAAGAAAUUCGGGUCCACCAAUCUGGUGGUGUACCCACCGUCGGGGUACCAAGCCCCGGGGUAUCUGCCGUUGGAUCCGCCGAGCUUAGCAAAGUGUUGCUCCUUUCGCCCGGGCCCGUGUAGCGUCCAGCCGGUGCCGUUUGGCAUGAACGAGGUGGCUUUCUCCAGCGGCAACCUGUUGGUCUUCCAAAAUCUGGAAACCGAGGAGCAGCGAUUUUUCCGCUCCCAGGCCGAAAUUCUCUGCGUCGCUUUUUCCCGGGAGGAGCCCGCGACCUCCUCGCGCGGAAGUAUUGAAUGCUUCGUGUGGAGGUCUUGUUUGGUUUUCUUAUGAUCGCUCAUCGUCGAAUUAUCCUGUCUGUUGACGUUGAAAUGCAAAUGGAAAUGGACAAAAGCAAAACUCGCAUGAUCCAAAAAUACCCUACCCCAGCAGGUUCCGCUCCGUCCCGCCCUGGCACGGGGAAGCCGAGUCCGAAGCUCGGCGCGUUUGGGGAGAAGGCGGUCGCGGUUCCGGGGACCACCCGCGUGGAGGGUGACAUCGUGCUGUUUUCGCCGCUGAUGAGCUCCGGCAAUAACCUGAUCACGCCCAAGCGCCGGCUGAAGUUCCACAAGGGUGACGUUGUGCAGCUGAAGUUCCUGCUGUCCUCGAAGCUUUUAAUUUCCUUCGCCAACGACAAAGCGAUGACCGGCGCCCUGUGGUCUCUGGCGGGCGUGUCCGGCCCUGCUUCGAGCUCUUUGUCCCCGCUGCGCACCUUUUCGCAGGGCCCCGCGGACCUCUGCCGCCAGAUCGUGUUGCUGCCCGACCUGGAGGCCGACAGCGCGAUCCGGUUCUGCACCCACGGCCCGCAACACCUGAAAUUCUGGUCGGUGUCCAAGAUCAACCCGGGGUCCAGCAGCACGUUCAAGGUGAAACGCGGCUGCUUCUCGAACUCGUCGGCGGCCGCCGCGGCGAGUAACAAAGGCAGCUUCUCGGUGACCGCCGCGUGCUGGUUCGGGGACCCGCAAAACCCGACCAUCGCUGCGGGUACGGACAAGGGCGAAUUGUUUCUGUUCCACGACCCCAGCGGAAGCGGCAGCGCGGUCCGCAUCGUGCCCGCGACCACGUCGCGGUUUGGGCGCACCGUCGUGAACGACGAGUUUUACCGGCCGGACAGCGCCAUCGUCUCGCUCGUGUGCCAAACCACCGGGACCUCGUUCGCCGCCCAGCAGCUGGUCGCCCUCUCGGAGCACGGCGCUCUAUUGAUUUUCAACGUGGUCGCGGCGAAGGCCACCGGCCCGGCCGCCGCGGUGGGGGGUGCGGUGCCGCUGGGCAGUCGGCCGACCAGCUCGGCUAUGAACACGACGGCUAACGCCUCUGCGGCCCUGAUGAGAUCGCCGCUGUUCCCCUCCUCCGCCCCUUCCUCCUCGAAGCUGCGCACCGUUCCGACGCCGAUGCAGCGGGGCGCCAGCGCCGCGUCGGCGGCCUCCACGCGGAAGACGCUCACGGCGCUAUCCUGUGCAAAAGUAUCGUACGUAGUACUAAUUGGAAUUGCAGUUAUGCAUUACAAAUGUCGUUCGCGUUCCCAAGGAAAAUCAGCAUGACAAAUUCCGUUUGUCAUGCUGAGCGAAUUUGUAUUGCAAGUACUACUAGUACGAUACUUUUGCAGUUCAUACGCGACGCUGUUGAGCAACACCGGGGUGGCCUUUGAGGACUGCUUCUACACGUACGCCAGCGCCCUGGCCAUCACGUCGGUGCAAAGCAUGAACCUGUGGUCGAUGGGCCUGGACCAGGCCGGACCGGUGGCCCCGUUGACGAGCGCGGUACCUGCGUUGUCCGCCGACACGCUGUUUGUCACCUCCACGGCGAGUGUGUUCCAGUGCCCCUUCCCCAGGGCACCCUCGCAAGUUCUGUCACUAGAGGUACUACACAAGAAGUACUGAUUGAAGAGCUGGUGGCGGUGGGGUGAUUUUUCGUUUUAAGUAUUUCGGGCGAAGAAAUUGUGAAAAACAAAAACGUCGUGUCGUGUGCUUCAUUUGUAAAGUGAUUUUGUAUUCGUAUUGGAAUUGGAUCAAAUUGAUGACCAACAUGAACAUUACAGAACGAUUCCUACAUGGAGCAAUACCCGGAGACGAACAAGGACCCGGCCAGUUUUCAAGCUCUGAUUUCGCAGCCCGCAAACAGCACGUUUACCUGUGCGACUGCGUUUGAGGACCUGGUUUUUCUCGGCUCCGCGGACGACGGCGUUUCGGUAUUUCGCCUCUCGGAAACAACCAACAAGCUGGACUUCGAAAUGUCGCUGCUGCCGGGAGUGGGCGUAUAAUCCUCGGGUUUUCUUGCUAGUAGCACUAUGUACGCGCAUGAAAUAUCACGUCGCAAGAUAAGGAUAAGAUCAAGAUCUUGAUCUCAAACUACUUUUAAUGUGAAGCUACGGCGCGCUUGCGCUAAACUAACUUUAGAACAAGCGUGCCGACAUAUUACAUCGAUCAUCACACUCGCAGAUUUCCUCCUUGGUGGCUAGUGCGUGGGGCCUGGCUGUGGCAGCGGGUGGGCGCUUGGUUCUGUACAAGAACUACCGAUACACGGACACACCCUUCUUCGAUCGCACGGUGGUAUCGCCGAACGGCAGCACCGCAAACAGCAGCGUGAACAAGCCGUCCCUGAAGGACGGUAUCACGUGCAGCACCUUUGGCCACGGGGCAAAGUUCGCGUUCGGGACGAAAGCCGGAGCCGUCUACUACCUGGACCUGGACGAGAGCCCCGUGCGACCGCGGAUUCUGCGUGGCCACUCCAGCGAAAUCGUCGGGGUGUCCUUUCUGCAGCCGGGUAACGUUGUCCUGACCGCUUCCACCAAGCAACUUCUGGCCUUUGACCCGGUGAUGAUGCGCCGGUUGGCGAGUCUCCGGGAGUGCAAAGAACUGACGGCUGUCGGCUCCUCCGCGUUGCCGUACGGGUUCGGCACGCAGGGCGCCUGGGAUCCCGUCAAAUCCUACGCCCCAAACCGCAAGUUCCUGGCGUUCGACGACCUGUUGGUGGCGACCAACGGCAAAAGGUUCGACCUGUAUCCGCAUCCGGCCGUCGACGGGGACAGCGGCGCGCCCGCAAUGGCCGUCCAUGGAGGCCCGAUCAUCGACGUUUGCAGCCUCGGAGCCGGCCAAUUCCUGACGGUUAGCAAAGACACCGUGGCGAUGUGGCAGGGUAUAAUUGAGAGUCACGCUCUACGACCAACAAGUUGCGGGCUUACUCGCAAGAAGUUGAAGUUAUUUCAUCUACUUACCACGUUGUAGCGACAAAUUAUGUUCAAGAUGAGGUACCUGCAUGCACCAUGCUACGUCGAAGAGCACCAGAUUUGAUUUUCUUCUUGUUGCUUCUGACGUUCCAAUGUUGCAAAACAACAGCGUCUCCGCCCGAGGUGGCUGCGGGCGGCCAAAGUCGUCUAGUCGCCGGUGAGGAUGUGGAAAUGCUGCAGCCCUCGGCCUCCUCCUUCGCCAGCACGUCGCAGGUCGCGCAGCGAGCGAUCGCCCAAGAGAACGCCCGGGCGGCGGCCGAGUUGCGGGAGCAGGAGAUGCCGGCGUCGCCGAAGGCCAACCUGGAGUACCAGAUUGCGGACCUGCAGGAGCAGGUGGGCAACAUCGCGGAACGGCUGGACUUCGCCGCAAACCUCGUCGGGGAGGUGGAUUACAGCCCAAGCGGCGGUGGCAUGGCGAUGGAGGUGGAGCAACCUGACGACGAUGUGCAAAUGAUGGGCGGCAUCACCGGAUUCGGCUUCCAGCCGCAGGGUCGGAGUACAGAGGCGGAAGACCCAAACGCCGAGGGGCGACGGGAACGAAGGCUGCGGUCUGAAAAGGCGAAAGACACACUUGCGACGAAAGUGGGAGCAGGUACAUUAUUUUCAUCAUAGUACUACAGAAUAACUUGAUGAGCAUCUAGUUGUUUAUGUUUUUGAAGAGCAAAAUUAUUUGCAUGAUCCACCGCCUUUGAUUAUCAUUAUUUUCAUGCAACGAGGAGAGACUCGUUCACGGUGAUGCGACGAGGAACACGACCAGAAAAACGAACAUCUCAACAGAUUCCGGGUUUCAGCCGAAAUUGCUGGACGGGAAUUCUGCAGCGGGCAUGCUCUGCGUGGACAAAGUCUCCACGGACUUUCGAGUCCGGGGUAUCGCAAAACGAUCCUUCUACGCAGUCGAAGUAGCGUGCCGGUGCCCGAUAACGAGCGGAACGAAGAAAGGAUCGCAAACCAUUGUAUUCACAAGCGUCACUGGCGAUACCACGGAAGUCGAGGUAUGUGCUGUACUAGGGGCAAACUCUUCAUAGAUGAUUUCUUCAAGCUCCAGCUCGCUUGAGGGCAGACUUCUCGCUUUUGGUUUUGCCGCAAUGAAUCUGCACAGAAUUAAUUUCGCUACAUUUUCAUGAUGCUUUUCGAUCGCAUUUGAACAUCAGGUCCCCGCUGGUUACGAUUUGCAAAAGGCAAUCGUCCCGGAAUUGGAGUUUCCAUCUGGGAAGUGCCGGUUUGCCGUCCCACUGAUGCCGCGCACAGAGGGUGACUCAUUUUAUGUGUUACCGCUCGGCACGAAACCAAAAGUGGUUGCCGCGGCUAGCUAAGUUGACGCUUACAGCAGGAGCCGCAGCUUCUGGGAAAGAUGAAAAUUCGUUCGAUGAAUCAGGUACAACUACUUUUACAUAGCGGCUCACGAACACGACGUGCCAAAGUUUUGCACCGUCGUGGGCAUGCAAUGUAGUUCUGUAAAGUAUGCUUUGUCGUUUUUCUUUUUUAACUUUGCCUUUGUCAGUUUAAUUGCUCCUGCCUGGUCCUCCUUUUUGUUUUUCCUGUUUGGGUUUGAUGCCUGAAUACCUUCAAUUUCGCAGUUUGUUCUGUCAUGCGUGGUGGUUUGCAGCAUUUUUUCCGCACUCCCCGUGCUAUACACACUGGCAGUGGUUUGAUUUCAAUUUUGUGGUCAUCGUGAGUUGCUUGCAGUACUGUUUUACUUCUAGUAAUAUCUUGGAAGAUAAAUAAGUGUAUUGCCUUUCAUCCUACUCGGUGAACUCUGGAGCAUCCCGCUACUUUCUCUUCGAGAGUGCUCCUCGUGCGGAUUCUACAGUAUCAUUUAUCAACCCUACUUAUUGCUAUUUGUUUUUCAUCUUUUUGUGUUUGUCUUUGCGAGUUAGUGUGUGUGUCCCCGUGGCUUCCUGUCCUCUGCAGAGCUUGCGUCUUUCGGGAGGACGAGAAGCACGAGCUGCAAGCUGUGCUGCUGGACUGAUAAUUGAAAAUAAUAACUUGAUUAGUUGGCUCGUCCAACCGAAGUAUUUGACUGUUUGGGUUUUGUUGAACUUGAUUGGAAAUCUGCUACUUUAUUUGACUACUGAUAUUUUGAGCGAUUUGCUUCCCUCCAAGUGGAUGGAAGGCAUAUGCAGAAGCCGCCGAUAAGAAAGUAAAAGAACUAUUUGUGAUGCCAGAAAAGAUGUGUGAUGCGAGCGUCGGCACAGGCAUGGACUAUUGGACAGAAGGUCUGCGAAAGCCUGAGGACUGGCAGCCAAAUAGGCAGAUGAGCACAGCAAAGGCAGAUGAAUGCCUAACAAAAAUUAGGCAUGCAAUACAUGGCGCGGCCCUAGAAACUCUGAAGUACAUAGGCAAGAAAAAGGGCAAGAAAGCAGGCAAGAACGUAGAGAGUAGUGCAGGUACAAACAAACGACCCGCGGGGAACGCUCCCCCUACUGCGCCAGCGCCUGCGGUAAACGAGGAUAUGGCCGCCGAAGUGAAGGACCUGGAUUGGCAGGGGGUUAAGGAGCGGAAGGGUGCGAGCCGGUGGUCGACGGGGUUUCCGAAAGUCAUGGUGCGAGGGGACUUCGAGUCUCGCCGGAAAUAUCUUCUUCGCACGACAGGCAACGAGGCCAAGUCCUUGGACGAAGCGAACAAGAUCCUGAAGGCCAAGAAGGUGAACGACGUGCCCACAGAGGAGGAGGCAACGCGAGCCCCCUCCGAGAUCUGUCGAAUAAUAAAAAACUUUUUCAGAAGUAAACCAUUCAAGGUAUAUGAGGAGUUCGAAACACGGCCCGCAUCAAAGGACGAGGUAGAACGGGCCUGGACGACAGCAGAGCAGGACUACCUGAAGGAGAAGGCGGAGAAAGAUGGUGGCAGCACCUGGCCGCUGAGCUUCUUGGAAGUAGAGGCGGCUAUACGGAAACUGCAACCGGGGCGCACCCCCGGCCACUGUCUCACCACGCAUGAGAUGGUGCGAAAUGCGGGGCCGCUUCUUCGCUGGGCUCUCUUUCAAUGUUUUGAAGCAUACGUCUAUCAUGCAACAUAUCCGGCUCAAGGACGUUUGAUCUCGAUGGCUGCAGUGCCAAAGGUGGCAGGAGGCUGCUACACGGAAAUGCUAAUGCGUCCCGUUUCACUGUGCAGUGUGUAUAGCAAGAUCCUAGACAAUAUUUAUGACAGGCGCCAGAGCCUUUGGCUGGAUGGCCACCGUUGGGAGGGCUCGGAGUACAAGGGUCUCGGCCCGAAGGUUCAGCCAGCUUUCAGCAACGCCUACCGGCAAGCACAUGGGAAGGAAUUCUCUACGGCGGUGAUAGUGGAUGGGAUUUUUGGGGAGGUAAGUUGUAAGGUGGUUUUGAAUGAUUGUUGUUCGGGUUUUGAUAUCGUCUGCCACGUGGAGACGCUGGGAGCAUUGAAGGCCAAAGUUUGCCCAGCGCAACAAUGUGCGGCAAUUGCUGGCUUCAUGAAGUGGAGAAAAAUAAAACUGCCGGGGGGGAAGGAGUAUGCCCUGUGGGUCGGCAAACCGCAGGGCUCUCCGCUUUCCGGGUCUGUAUGGAACGGAUACACGAUCGACUUGAUCAUGGAGGUGCUCGAAUUGCAAGCAAUACGCGUGCUCAGUGCGUACUCGGACGACAUCACGGUCGUCGCCAAGAACACGCCAGAAGGUGAGCAGGUGCCCAGCAUGAUGAAGAAGAUCGGCCUAACGAAGAAGAUAUUUUUUGACGAGCUCAAGCACAAGCAGAUCGAGUAUGACAGUAGCAAGCCGAACCAAAAAUCCAGAACGGGAAAGGGGAAGAGCCUGGGCUGCAUCUACGACGGAACAUACACCUUCCGCUCGCAUGCGGACGAAGUUCAAAAGAAGAUUAUGCAUGAGUUCCACUUUUUGCAGUCAGAACGAGGACAAAGCAUUAAACAAAAGAUAAUGCUCAUGAACGCGUUUGCAUUCCCCGCGAUCACGUCGAUCUCAGUCGUGCCGUUUCCUUUCUUCACGACUUCAGCAAAGAAAGAAGUAGCAAAGACUUUUGCAUCUCAGAUAAAACAGCGUCUGAAUAUCCCGCGGAACUGCAGCAACUUCCUGAUGUACAGCGCCACGGGCCUCGCGAGCCCAAUCGAUAACAUACUAACGGACGCUCUUAUGGUGUUUUACAAAGGCGCCGCUCUGGACUUGUGGCCCUUCUACCUAGACGAGGAGGACAUUCCGCCCGCGCGACCUUCGCCAGAGAUGUCACGGGACGCGGAAGCGUUUCCCCCCGUCCCCCCCGUGCCGGAAUCCUCCCCAGCGGUCGCAGCAGCAGGCGAGGGGCAGCAGGUCGCUCCCCAGACACAGGAGGAGAGCGAGAACGAGCUAGACGAGCUACCAGACAUUUUUGCAACGUGGGACUUGGAGGACCCGAUCUGCGCAACUACAACACACGAAAACCCGCUCUGGGGGCGGUGCAACGAAGCCUGGUCAUGCAGAAUGAAUAGAAUAGCACUGAGUGAUGAAUAUCGCGACUUAGCACAAGCAGCAAAAAGUUUACAGGUAGGGCGGCAAUACUGGAGGGGUGUGAAUAGGAUUACGGUGCUGCCGAUGCGUCAGGUUGCCGCAGAUUUUGAUGUACCAGAUCCAGGCAGGCUGGAUGAUCGUGAGGAGAAAGAUAAGGCAAGACUUGAAAUCUCGCAAAAGAACGAACAGGUAACGCGCUCCCUAUUGCGCGAGAAGCAGACGGUGGUGUCGUACACGGACGGGGGAGCAAAGUUCGAACGAGGGAGCGGGGGUGGUGCCUCUUGGCACCGCACCGCACAGCAGGGGCGACGCCCUGCGCCGAUCGUGGUAAGUUGUUGUUGCAUUGAGUCAGAAAUAGGUGACCCAGAGGAGACGACAGACCCGGACUCGUUUGACGGGGAGUGCUACGGCCUGCUGAACCACGUCAAAACGUUACGGGCCCACUCCGAUCCACAGUGGCUGAAGACAAUAACCAAGCACGUUUUCUUCGUUGACAACAACGGGCUCCUGCAGGCGAUGAAGGCUUUCCGGGACCGGAGUAAUGUCAUGAUAAUCAAGCUCGUGCGAGAGCUGGAAGAGCUUGAAAAAGUUUCUGCGCCAGGGUGCGAGUUCGUCUUCAGGUGGACGCCCUCACAUCUGGCGAACUACUAUAAUGAUUUUGCAGACGCGAUGGCCACAAGAGGCCUAGACCACAACAAGGGAAAAGAACUACAGAGGCCCUUCUACAAAAAGGACACGACAGUGAACCUGCUCCGCCGACUAGUACAGGAAAGAACGAAAAACAAGUUUCUAGGCAGCACAAAAUGUCACCCAUACCUGAAGCGGCGAGCUUUUUGCAUGCGGGAAUACAAAACAGAAGAAAAGCGCCCGCAGUAUAUAGACGCUAUUAUGUUUGCAUUAUGGAUGGGGACAGCGAAAAAAGGAUUCCUAGGAAUGGGAAAGCUCGAACACAACACAAAAAGGCCGCACCUAACAGGCAUGAAAUGCCAAUACUGUGAUAAGAAAGUUUUGCCGACCACCGACCACCUUUUGUAUGAAUGCCAGCAAGCAGAUUUUGUAGAAGCAAGAGAGAAGUGCUUCGGCCUGCCAAAAAUAACGAGUAUGAAACAGCGAUGCGAAAUUCUAAAAAGCACGCAAAUGACACGCAAAGUACUGACCUAUCUUGAAAUGACAUCUGAAAACCAACCGGGAAUACUACCAGAAUCGCUACGCAAAGCGAUCCGGGAGAACGUGCAACGGGACACAUCGGAGCAGCCGAAAGAAGAAAAAGAGCAGUUGAAAUUGGACUCGGUCGCGCCGAAUCACAAGGCGCUAGUGAGGCUAGUGCCGUGGGUGGACAUGGUCUAGGAAGAGGAGGCGAAUCAAGGCGGGUGCGCCUGCUACGAGUGCAACCCGAAGAUGUGCACCUGUUUGCCGGUCUGGCGAAAAAGGCGACACAGAGCUACGAGAUUCGGAGCGAUUUGCAGCAGACGAAGAAACCCCCCGGUGUUGGGGCAGUCGGGGGAGGUAAUUCCCUACCGAAGUUCGGAAAGGUGCGAAGGUUUCCCGGACCGAAGUAAAGAGUACGGAAUAGCAUAGUUACUUGAUCGCGCUAGAUUUUUUAUGUUCGUGUAGUCUUCCAGUAGUACUCUUCUUAGUAGGCUUCUUUCAGUUAAGACCAGUCAGUCAGGACACGCGCAAACAUCUUUCACACCAUAGCAGUUCACGUUCAAAACGAAGAAACAAAAAUAUAAAAAACAAAAAUGAAACAGUUACACCUCAGUAAAAAGCUCCAACGUAGCAGCGAGCAGGAAGGAGAAAGUGCGUCACACGAGCGGGGUGCGUAGGGUGUUGGUGCGGGAGGAGCGGAACUACGCAUUUCCAAUCACACUGGUGACGCACGGCAUCCGGGAUGGCCGCAGCAGGAGUACGAACACACAGAGAGGUUUUCCGUCUGAGUUUCCACACCGAAAAGUACGAAGACGCCAAAUACGGGCACCAUCGUCACAGAAGAAAAGGACAAAAAUCGCAAAGAAGAGUACAGCUGAUGCCCACUCAAAAUUUCUAGGUCCCGUCGCGUAAAAAUAGAGCGCAAGAAAAAAAUAAAGAAAGAAGUACUACACGGAAGCGCAGCACCCAAAACACAAAGCAGGUCGUGGCAGACGCAGCCCGCGUAAGACUUCUACUAGAGGAGCGGCGCCUGCGUCUGUCCGGAGGAGGUGCCACUUCUGUUCUUUCGUAGUUUCGUUAUGAGUGCUUCGUGUCCUGAGAGGAAAUCCGGAUAUCAAAACUCAAAAACACACUCUUGCUGGUUGCAAAACCAAGUGCAACCUACGCCGAUGGCCCCGGCCGGGCGCAGGUAGAACUUCUUGUACUCGUUCACCACAACAGCGGGGGGAUCGACGAACCCUCGCUGCGGGCUUCAGCCUACAGGUAACUCUGUUGCGGUUGCCCCUCAUUACUACGUCCUCGCGCAGUGGCUCACAUCCUCUCGUCGAACAGGUGUGGCGUCUGGGCACUCCGGGUACGGGCCUUAGGUCACCAACCGGUUGUCGCUCCAGCGCCACAAACCCGAAACUCUCCAGUAUACGUGUCCAGAUACAAACAGGUCCAGAGAGCCACUGAGCAUGCAGCAGCUGGGUUGGGUGGGGCGAUCGCAGUACAGACUCGGUGUCGGGCCUCGAGCGGAAAAAGGAAGACAAUGGGUGGCACUGAAGUCCUAGGUUUUGCACACCCGGAAGGACUAUUUGCCCACCUUUACCGAUCUAUUUCCAGCUCGGCUUGUCGAUACCAGAACUAUGUCCUAUAGUUAAGCUUAAGAAAGUAAAAGACUAGUAGAUAGAAGCUUACUAUAGAGGUUUCCUCCUCCUCCUCCUCCCUCCAAGUGGAUGAAAGAAGACCAGUGCUGCUGGGUUACAGUGCAGGAAAUCGAACGCGCUUUCGCGGCUCUGUGGACAGGACAAUACUUUUUUUGUUGCGCAAUCCAUCGGAAUUGCCACUCAAUCGC